AUGCAUCCGACCACCAACAAGAAGAAGAAGAGAACAAUCUCACCAUCGUCGUCGUCGGUUGAAACUUUUGCAGAAACCAAUUCAUCAGCAACAAGGAUCACGGAUCAGACUGAAGAAACAAGAGGUGGUUUCUCCUCUCCAUUCACAAAUUCCGACAAUAUCAACGGACCAUUUAUUGAUGACAUUAUUUUUGAAAUUCUUCAUUUCCUGGAUUCAUUGUUUAUUAUUCAAAUUUGUAUGAAAAUUUCAAAACAAUGGAGACUAGUAUCAUUUCAAAUUCCACUCUCAUUAUCAUUCGAAUUUGGCUUCUCCAAACAAGUUCGUGAACCAAUCAAACUUUUAGCUAGUUGUGAGUGUUUGAAGAAUUUGACUUCUUUGAAUCUGGUUGACUCUGGAAUUGACAGUGAAGGUGUUAAAUAUAUUGCUGACAGUGAAUGUUUGAAGAAUUUAAAUUCUUUGGAUCUGUCUGAAACUCUAAUUGACAAUGAAGGUGUUAAAUGCAUUGCCACUAGUGAAUAUUUGAAGAAUUUAACCUAUUUGGAUCUGUACAACAAUGGAAUUGACAAUGAAGGUGUCAAAUAUAUCGCCCAUAGUGAGUGGUUGAAGAAUUUGACGUCUUUGGAUCUGAACACCAAUGGAAUUAGUAAUGAAGGUGUCAAAUAUAUUGCUAACAGCGCAUAUUUGAAGAAUUUAACUUAUUUGAAUCUGGAAAGCAAUCGAAUUGGUGAUGAAGGUGUAGAAUAUAUGGCUAAUAUUGAGUGUUUGAAGGAAAAAGUAUUAAAUGGGAACAUUAGUAAAACAAGUCUCCUCUAA